GUCACUCCAGCGGGUCUGGGGCUUCUGCUCCUGGAGCUUCGUCUUUCUCACCGUCAAUGGAUAAACUUUACGUUUUGUUCCGCGCACUUUUCUGGCGUCGGGGAGUUAAACCAAAACCAAAGCAAGUCUAAACCCAAGGAGGACUAAAGCAGGAUUUAAGCAUGCACAAAGCAGGACUAAACCAGGUCUAAACCAGGUCUAAACCAGGUCUAAACCAGGUCUAAACCAGGUCUAAACCAGGUCUAAACCAGGACUAAACCAGGUCUAAACCACUGGAGCUCCCGUUACUUUGGCGUCUGGGACAAACCGCUUCAAAAAUGCCCGGCUUCUUUGCUCCGGCUCAAAUUUAAACAAGUUUAACAUUAACUUUCCAGCUUUUGGCGACACUUUGGCAGCUUUACGCGUUUGGCACAGACUUUUCACGCCAUGGAUUGGCUGUACUUGCUGCUCUGGUGCUUUUGUCUGGUUUUGCAUUGGAGAGCUGCUGCACAAACACAUGAAAACCUGUCUGGAAAGCUGAGCGAGUACGGCCUCAUGGUCCCCUUCAGCACUGACUCUAGAGGGCGCUAUCUGUCCCACGUGGUCUCCUCCAGCGACCCCAUCUCUGAGCCUCCAUUUGACCCAAACUCAGGAGGUACCCGGCGGAGGAGAGUCCCCAGAGACCUUCACUCGUCCUCGUCUUCCUCUGAUCAUCUCUUCUUCAACGUCACAGUUUUUGGCCAGGAGCUGCACUUGCGUCUUCGGGCCAACAGGAGGCUCGUGGCUCCGGGGGCUUUUGUGGAAUUUCAAGAGGAUUUUGAGGAAAAGUCCAAAGAGCAGAUUCACGGAGACUGCGUGUUCACUGGAGACGUUAGCGACAUGCCCGAAGCCACGGUCGCUAUUAGCAACUGCGACGGCCUGGCAGGUCUGAUCCGCACAGACUCUGGAGAAUUCUUCAUUGAACCUUUGGAAAAAGGACAACAGGAAGUGGAAGAGAGAGGGAGAGUCCACGUGGUCUACCGGAGGAGUGCAAUCAAGAGAGAGAGAGGAGAAAGAGGAGAAGAGAGACAUAAUGAAGUGGCCGACUUUGGUAUUGCCGAUCUGCCUCGAGCGCUGGACGUGGUGGAGCGCCGUCUGUCCGAGCCUGAGAGGAAGAGGAGGCACGCUAAAGCCGACGACUAUAACAUCGAGGUGCUGCUGGCCGUGGACGACUCGGUGCUGCGGUUUCACGGGAAAGAACACGUCCAAAACUACGUCCUCACGCUCAUGAACAUUGUGGAUGAGAUUUACCACGACGAGUCUCUGGGAGCAAACAUCAACAUCGUGCUAGUGCGGAUGAUCAUGGUGGGCUACAGACAGUCCGUGAGCCUGAUCGAGCGUGGGAACCCGUCUCGCUCUCUGGAGCAGGUGUGCCGUUGGGCAAACACUCAGCAGAGACACGACCCGGAGCACGCCGAGUACCACGACCACGCCAUCUUCCUCACCAGGCAAGACUUUGGCCCCGCAGGUAUGCAAGGGCUUGGCCCAGGUUACGCUCCGGUGACGGGGAUGUGUCACCCUCUGAGGAGUUGCACCCUCAACCACGAGGACGGCUUCUCCUCUGCUUUCGUCGUGGCUCACGAGACUGGACACGUGUUGGGCAUGGAACACGACGGCCAAGGGAACCGCUGUGCGGAGGAGACCACCAUGGGCUCCAUCAUGGCUCCUCUGGUCCAGGCCGCCUUCCACCGCUACCACUGGUCCCGCUGCAGCAAACAGGAGCUCAACCGAUACAUACAUUCCUACGACUGCCUGUUGGACGACCCAUUCGAGCACAAAUGGCCCAAACAGCCGGAGCUUCCUGGGAUCAACUAUUCCAUGGAUGAACAGUGUCGCUUUGACUUUGGAGUCGGAUACAAGAUGUGCACAGCUUUUCGGACGUAUGACCCGUGUAAGCAGCUCUGGUGCAGUCAUCCGGACAAUCAGUACUUCUGUAAAACCAAGAAGGGCCCCCCAGUGGACGGGACGGAGUGUGCGCCUGGGAAGUGGUGCUUUAAGGGCCACUGCAUCUGGAGGAGCAGCCAGGAGCCCCAGGGGCAUGAUGGGAGCUGGGGAUCCUGGUCCAAGUUUGGGUCGUGCUCUCGGACGUGUGGAGGAGGAGUGAGGUCGCGCAACCGGCAGUGCAACAACCCAGCGCCGGCGUACGGAGGUCGAAACUGCCCCGGCUCCGCCUUCGACUAUCAGAUGUGCAACACGGAGGAGUGCGCCGGACCGUACGAGGAUUUCAGAGCGCAGCAGUGUACGCAGCGGAGCAACAAGUACCACAAGAACGCCAAGCACACGUGGAUCCCCUACGAGCAUCCCGACGAGAGCCGUAAGUGUGAGCUGUCGUGUUUGUCCAAAGAGACCGGAGAAGUGGUGUUUAUGAACCAGGUGAUGCAUGAUGGGACGAGGUGCAGCUACAGCGAUCCCUUCAGUGUGUGCGCCCGAGGAGAGUGUCUGCACGUCGGCUGUGAUAAGGAGGUUGGCUCGUACAAAAGUGAGGACAAGUGUGGAGUUUGUGAAGGAGAUAAUUCACACUGUCGAACUGUAAAACUCACCUUGACCAAGACACCGAAGAAAAACGUGAUGCUGAAAAUGUUCGACAUCCCCAUUGGAGCUCGUCACAUCGUGAUCGAGGAGAAUGAAACGUCACCACAUUUGAUCGCUGUGAAGAACCAGGAGACAGGGAGCUUCAUCCUGAACGGCCAGGACGCCGCCGACCACACGUUCAUCGAGGGCGGGCUGCAGUGGGAGUAUUCUGCGGAGGGAGAGAGGGAGACGCUCAAGACGUCCGGACCGCUCCACCAGGGCAUCGUAGUACUGGUUAACCCCAAAGAGGAGGAGGUGAAGAUCAGCCUGACCUACAAAUACAUCAUACAUGAGGAUCUCCUCCCCGUCAUCACCAACAACAACGUGCUCCUCGCAGAACUCGACACCUACGAGUGGGCCCUCAAGAGCUGGUCCCAGUGCUCCAAGACCUGCGGAGGAGGUAUCCAGUACACUAAAUAUGGCUGCCGUCGUAAAAGUGACAGUCGCUUGGUUCAUCGAAACUUCUGUGAGUCGAGUAAAAAGCCCAAACCGAUUCGCAAACGGUGCAACACCCACGAGUGCAGCGCGCCCACGUGGGUGGUGGAGGCGUGGGGUCCCUGCAGCAGGUCGUGCGGUAAACAGGGGUUCCAGAGUCGGGUGGUGCAGUGUGUUCAGUUUCUCCACAACACCACCCACAACACCACCCACAACACCACGCAAAGGCCCGUCCACAGCAAACACUGCACCCAAGAGCGGCCGGACACCAGGAGAGCCUGCACCCACACGCCCUGCCCCGCCCAGUGGAGGACAGGGGCGUGGUCUCAGUGCUCCGUGUCGUGUGGGGAGGGCAUCCAGCAGAGACAAGUCGUUUGCAAAACCAGCGACAACACGAUCGGAGAAUGUGCAGAAGAAAGACCAGAGACAGUCGUCAUCUGUAAAGUGAAGGAGUGUGCAGACUCUGAAUCUGUAGAAAACUCCACAGUUAAAGAUGAAGCGGCUCAGGCCAAAUUUAUGGAAAAUCCAGUUUCAAAAACAUCGAACGAGCCGUGUUUACGAGACAAGUCCAUCUUCUGUCAAAUGGAAGUCCUGGCUCAGUACUGCUCCAUCCCCGGGUACAACAAACUCUGCUGCGAAUCCUGCAAUAAACGACAAAACACGCACUCCCCGGACCUCCCAGAUCCGGUUAUAGACCCGGACCUGGACUCAACCGGGACCUCGAGACCGACGACGACCACGACGACGACGACGACGACGAAAGCUACAGCGACUUCCGCGAUGAGCAAAGUGACAGGAGCGACGCCGCCAAGUCCGAGCGUGUCCCCAACGUCCAGAGCGGGGAGGAAGGUCAGAGCCACGACCCCAGAGACGAGCACCGAUCCUGGGGUGGGGUUGGACGGAGCUGCUGCUGUGACACAGGCUCAUGGACCAGAAAAACUGUGCGAAAGAGACACGUCACACUUCUGCAAAAUGGACACGCUCACUCGAUACUGCUCCAUCCCCGGAUACAACAAACUCUGCUGCCAAUCCUGCGGAAAAAAUGAACUCCAAGACCCCCAGAUCCUCCACCCGUCCGGCCCCCCGCGAUCCACCACCCGCACCCCGGCGACGUCCCCCCGAGCCCCCCUCACAGACUGGGACCAGGGCCCUGUACUACCUCCGGAGACGGACUGA